CUCUUCCGCCUCCCGCCGCGGCGGCGCAGCCGUCGGCCCCGCCCCGGCGGCGGCGGCGGCGGCGGCCUGAUCCGGCCCCGUGCGGCGCGGUGCGGGCGGCAUGGCGGGGCCCUGGGCUCUGCCGGCGCCGCUCAGCCCGGCGCAGCUGAAGCGGCUGGAGCAGCACCACUACAGCGCGGCGGGGCGCUCACUGCUGGAGCCCUCGCUGCAGCCCUACUGGAACUGGCUGGUAGAGCAGGUCCCGCCGUGGCUGGCCCCCAACGCCAUCACCCUGGGCGGCCUGCUGCUGAACUGCCUCACCGCGCUGCCGCUCAUCGCCUGCUGCCCCAGCGCCACCGAGCAGGCACCUUUUUGGGCAUACAUCCUGGGUGCAUUAGGACUUUUUAUCUACCAGUCUCUGGAUGCCAUUGAUGGGAAGCAAGCCAGAAGAACAAACAGUAGCUCUCCUCUAGGAGAGCUCUUUGAUCAUGGUUGCGACUCUAUUUCCACAGUUUUUAUUGUCCUGGGAGCCUGCAUAGCAAUCCGACUAGGAACAAAUCCUGACUGGUUGUUUUUCUGUUGUUUUGUGGGACUGUUCAUGUUCUAUUCUGCUCACUGGCAGACAUAUGUAUCAGGCAUAUUAAAGUUUGGAAAAGUUGAUGUAAUUGAGGUUCAGCUAGCCAUAACAAUGCUUCUUUUAAUAUCUGCAUGUGGUGGAACAGCAGUAUGGGACUAUAAGGUCCCUUUGAUAGGCUUAGAACUGAAGUUUUUGGCAGUUUUUGGAAUACUGUGUGGAACAGCACUUUCUUUUUUCAAUUACUUCCAUGUCAUUUUUGGUGGUGGAGUUGGAAAGAACGGAUCUACGACAGCAGGAACAAGUGUUCUUUCACCAGGUCUAAAUAUUGGACUACUUAUUACACUGGCCAUUAUGAUCUAUAAAAAAUCAACAACACAGCUAUUUGAAAAACAUCCUUGCCUGUAUGUCUUGACAUUUGGAUUCGUGAAUGCUAAAAUCUCACAGAAGUUAGUGGUGGCUCACAUGACAAAAAGUGAAAUCUCUCUUCAAGACAGUGCAUUUAUUGGGCCAGGGCUUCUGUUUUUGGACCAGUACUUCAACAGUUUUGUUGAUGAAUAUAUUGUUCUGUGGAUAGCAUUGUUCGUAUCCUUGUUUGAUAUGCUGAGAUAUGCCAUUGGUGUAUGCCUACAGAUCGCUGCUCAUCUUCAUAUACAUGUCUUCAGAAUUUCAUCUCAUCAAGCUCCUGAACAGCAAAGCCUCAAUUCACAGAUUAAGGAAUUCCUUACAAGAAAAGAAGAACUCUUUCACCUUAAGAUCUACAUGCAAACAAUGACUGUGUAUGGCAUUUACUCACACACAGGACAAAAUUAUCAACAAGCUAUUAAGGAGGAAUCUAUUAACUUACUCCCCAAGAAAAAGGUACUAUUAAGUCUUUGGACAGUCCUGAGUAAGGAAGGAUGGUAAAUAUGAAGGCUUAUUCCACAUACAGAAAAGAAAACACAAAAUAUAAUUGGAACAUCAAAUGAAAAGUCAUCUAUCAAGCUUAGCAUGACUGACAUGUUUGAAGCAAAGAUUUUACAAACUUCUGAAAAAGUUUCUUUGAAAAGAGACUGAAACUUCUCUUCAAAUUAUUGACUGAAGGACCGAAACCCCUUGCAUUGAAAAUAACCUCAAAUAAGAGAAAAUUUAGGACAGCUGUAAGUUUCUCAAGACUCGUACUUUGAUUUUCAACUACUGCAGUUGUUGAGAACAUGAUUUAAGGCAGAAAGGACUGGUAAGCCGCCUGUGUCUGGUUGCACUGCCAAAAUUCUUGACCUUCUGAACUGCGAGCAUGAGAAGAAAGGUAUUUAUUUGCAAAUUUAUCUCAGGUGCAGACACCCACACUGCUUUGUACGGCAGUCCAGUAUACCAAGCAGGAGCCCCCCAGCCCCUCCAGGAGCUAAGGCUUUAGGCAACCCCACAUCCCCACAUAGCCUUCACCCAUCUGCCUAACUACCUGCUUUGGCUGACUCAAAUAUCCUCCGCUUGCCGUUGCCUAUUUAAUGACUUUUUUCAGAGGAACUCACCUCCCUGUUUCUCCCUGCCCGGGAAGAUAAGCCAGUAUUAAGACGAGUCUCACUUGGGGAGCUUUGCCCCUGGGGCCCCCUCCCUGUUGUCACCUCAGAGCGGCACGACAGGCGGGGGCCGGCACCCCGCCACGGCGUUUCAAACGCCGAGGGGCACCGCCUGCCCCCCUCAGCCCGCGUAUCCGUUACCCCCUGCCCACCUCAGCCCCGCCGCGCCUCCUCCUCUUCCUCCUCCUCUCUCACCGCCUCCCACCGCAAAGGGCCUACGACGGCGGGGACGGAGACAAGGAGAGAGGCAGGGCGCCUCGCAGAGAUCUCCCGCAGGCAGGCUGGCUGCUCACUCCGCCCCUCACCCGCGCCGGUGCCGCCCGCAGCCCUCCGCAAGGGGGGAGGGGGAGCAGCCCCGGCCCCGGCCCCACCCCGCGGGAAAGGGCGGGAAAGGGCCGAGCCCUCAUGGCGGCGCCUCCCUCACACCUCACCCGCGGCCCCCUGAGCCGCCUUCGCCGGGACGCGUCACUCAUCAACGCAGUUUUCCAGAGGAACCUGCCGGGCCGCCAUCUUCCCCUUCCGCGCAGGUGUGGGGGGCAAUGGCGGCCGAGGCAGUUGCGCGCAGGUUGGAGAGGGGACGCGGUGUGGCGCAUUGCAGAUGUAGCACACAGAAACAGCCUCCCAAGAGCGAAAGGAAGGAAACUGCACGCAGGCCAUUAAUGGAUUGGAGUCCCAAGCACUUAACUGGGACAACCGACCCCGGCAUAACUGACUCGGUAACAUAAUGUGAAUAUCAAGGACCACACGACCUUGAAGACACUCACCUCGAGCAUCAGCCUCACAGCUUUGGAGAGCAGGGGUCCCUCUUCAAAGAAGGGGGUUUUUUUUCUGAUUCACAAUUAAACUGGUUUAAGCCCUCGUAGCUGACGAUUUACAUGUUUUUGUUAGAAACUGUUUCAAGGUGUUGCCCAGACAACAAAAGGUCUGCGAAAGGGACUGCUAUGGUGCAGGGCAAGAUGCCGAAAGAUGAUUUUUCCAUCAGUAAAUGCAACAGGCAGUAUUUCUCUAGUCAGAUUAAUGAGUGACCCUCUUCAGGCGAAGCACAGCUUCAAAUAGAGGAAAGUUUCAAUAGUCUAUCCCUUCUUUAAAAGGAACAGCUUUUAAGUAGCAUGGUCAGUUUACCACUUUCAGAGCAAAACCAAAACAGUGCAACUGCCAUGUUCUAGCAAUUACCCAAUAAAAUAGAAAAACAGCAUACUACUGGCAAAGUGAUGUUAGGCCCAUACAUUUUUACUGCUUUUACUGACACUGUUUUUAUAACACACUGUACAGAAAAACCCCAGAUACACAAGGUGUGGAGGUCUGUUGUAAAAACAGUGCAAUUGUUUGAGAUGCAAACUACAUGCUUUAUGUUUCAGGAUUUUCUUCUGUUCUCACAAUUUUCUCACUAAUGAUUUAUUUUACUCAAUAUAGAUGAAGUCCAAACACAAAAUAUAAAUUAAAAAAAAAUCUUCCUAACAGUAUUUUAAUUUUCAGUGUUCUCAUUAACCUCAGCAAUUUCAGAAAUUUUACUUGCCAAGUUCAUACUGAUGGUGUAUUAUUGAGCUUUGUUUGCUUGCUUUUUGGGUGGUAUCAUGAUCCCAUAUUUUAGCACCGAUUUGCAAGUGAAGCUUGUCAGGAAAUUUAUGCUAUAUCUUUUAGCUAUAACUGCUGUAGCUGAACUAAAUGCUAUGAAUCUAUCCUUCAAAACUCUUUGCUUAAACAUAAAAAGGAAUAGCAAUGACAUCUCAGCUACAUAUGCAGUCAUUUGCACAUAUAAUUUAGGCACAAGAACCAACUAAUGUUUUAACCCAUUUUCUCAGUUGUUUUAACUAGAAUGCAAAAUAUAACUUAAAAAAAAAUCCCAGGCAAACUUGACUCUACCUGUACAUGUAUUUGAUGAAAUGUCUCAUUUCCUGGGAGUCUGAAGUAUUGUAAAUUUGAAGUACUUUUAUAUUCUACAUGUUUCAGUAUAAUACAUAAUGCUUAGCAUGAAAUAUAAUCUCACUCUUAAAAAAUUACAAGUGCUUGCAUUUAAAAAUGCUUGAAUGUUCAUUGCUUCAAGGCUUGAAACCAUUCAUGCAUUAAAUAUUAAAAAUUAAUACUUUUGAAAGUUUUUAAGAAAAAAUAAAUACUUUUUACAAACA